AUGAUUGAGCUCUGCCGGCAGAGGGUGUCCCUUCUAGAAUUGGACGAUAAAAAGUUUUUGGAAGACGCGAAAAAUUUCGACCCAAAAAAGUUGAGACAAGCUGUAAAGGGGCAAAAUUUUGUAUCUGGCAUGUUACACGCUAUGUUACUGAAAACUUACGCCGAUAUCGCUAAAGAACUGGGAGUCGCGCCGGGAGGAGAAUUCAGGAGAGCGUAUCAUGAGAUGAAAAAAAUACCUGGCUGUAAAUUGUUUCUUGGUGACAGACCAAUUCAAAUAACUAUAGCGAGGGCUUUUCAAUCAUUGAGUGUUAUUGAACUUGGCCAAGUUCUGUACCACUUGACCAAUGCGAAGCCAAAACCACUCGACAAAUAUCAAUUGGAGAAGUACAAAGACAGAGACUUCGUUCAUGCGCAAUUUGAGGAGAUUAUAAGGGACGUGCCGGCUUUUAAAAAAAUAUUCCACGUGUUCGUCGACGAGCGGGAUAAGUGUCUUGCGUACUCGUUACAAGAAUGUGUGCGUACUGUUGAAAAACCUCGUGUUUUAGCAGUGGUCGGGAUGGGUCACGUUGAUGGCAUUAUAAAAUAUUUCGGAAAGAUGAAACAAGAAGAUAUUGUGCCUCUACUUUUGUAA